CGUGCAGUGGUCAUAUUAUGGACUGAUUUUAUAUGUUAUGGAUAUGAAUAUUCAAUUUAUGGUUAGGACAGGGAUAAGAUUAAUUAUGACUAAAACAUGAAUGUGAUGGAUGAGAAUAAUUAUGUCUCAGACAUGGAUGUAAUGGACCUUCUUCUUCUUCUUCUCGAUCACAUCACACUUGAAGUCCGGUAUCUGUCAUAAUAUAUUGGGCCGUCCUGCUCAGUUCAUCAGUCGGCCCGUAUAGCUUCUCUUGUAGUGUCAAAGGGGUUGGCCACGUUUCCUUUCUCAGGGCCCAAUGUGUCUCGGAGUGCUGAAGGGUGUGUUCCACAGUUUGAUGUGACGGACGAGAACAGCACUACCUUUCAGACAUGGAUGUCAUGCUGCCGUCGUAAGGGAAAACGACGAAAGACACCCAGAACUGACAGGGCCAGAAGAGUCUCAUUUAAACAGCUUUCAAGGUGUUAUCCCAGAGCAACAGUUGAGAAACAUUACUGAAUUUGUUUCUUGAAUCGUUACUGCUCGAUAUCUUUGACGGCUUCAUGAGAUAUGGCUGAGGUAUUCCUUACUGUUGCUACUACCCUCGCCUCGCUAUCAAUCCCUGCUUCCUGGUCCAGAGAAUGCAGCCAAUUAGAGAGGCGGGUCUUCUUUGUAAAGGCUGGCUACGUCACUUCCUUUUGGAACGCCCAUGAACGGUGCACUGAGCUAGGAGGCAACAUGGCGGUGUUCAGUGGAGGGUCAAUGAAACCAAAAGAUCGAAUGAGCUGGAUGAAAAAUAUAUCUGACACGUUCAUAAUAGGUGGCAGAGCCUUCGGGAACAACAACAUUCUCCGCUGGUACGCAGAUAAACAUAUGUCAUUUACGAAAGCAUUGCCGUGGGGACAUGCGGAACCAAAGUCAACAUUUGACCAUAAAUGCAUAUUCGUGAACAAGGGGAUUGCGCGAACAGGCAAAUGCCACAGCUGGGAGACCAACUCCGUACGUGCCCUAUGUCAGCUGUCAGACUCUGAGAAGAAAUACCAAAAUGCCAAGUGCACGCUAUGUUUGUGUCCUGGGGCAGAGAGUCCUUCGUGCAAGAAGGAUAGAUGUGAUCUGCCGUGUGUGGAACUUGUAGAGGGUCAAGAAUGUGUUUGGUAUCCCUGCAAGCAGAAUGAGUGGAACCCGCCAAAAUGUGAUAAGACCUGUAUGUGCAAGGACGACUGCGACUCUAUUACCGGCAAAUGUCGAGGGGAAUGCAUACCAGGCUGGUAUGGCGAUGGGGAUUCAAAAUCCUGCAACAGGACGAAAUUUGACGCGGGAAAGUUCCACCACUACGAGACCCAUAACUUAACCGGUUGCGCGUGUCGGGGGGAUGCCUGGUGCACCUUUUCAGGAUUGUGCGUGUCAUGUUGGCCCGGGGCUGGGGGUAACUACUGCGCUGAAAGCGACUGUCCCAUCCGACGGUACGGCAGAGACUGUGAGAAGACGUGCCACUGUGCAGAUCCCGUGAAGUGCGCCCAGGAGCAAGGGCACUGUCUGCAGAUGCCGUUCAAGGGAUGUUCAGGCAAGUGGCUGGGUAGAUCAUGUACAGAGACGAUCUGCUCCACUGGUCUCUUCGGGCCCGACUGUCAAUACAUCUGUGCUUGUAAAUACGGCGAGCAGUGUGACCUUGACAGCGGACAUUGUGCGGCGGGAUGUGAGGACGGCUGGAUGGGCCCCAGCUGCAACGACACUUUAUGCCCUGUUGGAAAAUAUGGGACUAAAUGCCGUAAGGACUGUGUGGGCUGUGAGCUUGGAGAAAAUUGUAACCAUGAGACUGGGAGAUGUCUCAGUUCUUACAUCAACAAGAGGAGUGCGUGUGAGGAUCUGGACAAGUACGGCUACAACUGUGACAAAAAUUGUACCUUCAAAGUGGUAGGUCUGUGCACGGGCUGUGACCGGGACUUUGGCGACAGGUGUGGUGAGUGCAAGUACGGAUACCACCUCAACGCUGACGGGCUGUGUCAAGAAUGUCCCGACAACACUUUUGGGAUUCGGUGUCGUGGGAGCUGUGACGUCAGUUGCCCUAAGAAAGGCUAUGGAUGUAACAAGUUUAAAUUCAAGUGUUAUGAACAUUGCCAAAGAAUGGUUAAAACAACGUGCAACAAUAUAUGCUCGCUCCCAUGCCCAGAUGGAACCUUCUGUGACGCGGGAAGGACAAACAGCUGUCAAGUGUGCGCCAAGGGGAGGUUUGGCUUUAACUGCGCCCGACUCUGCUCUCACGUGUGUGGUCCAGGGGUUGACUGUGACGUAGUCAACGGUUUGUGCGCCGCGGCUGCCCUUCCGAAACGACCCUUUUCGAUCGCUGAACAGUGCUACCCCGAUCUGAUGGACAAGACAGUGUCCAUAUGGUUGCCCUUCUGGACGGUCCUGCCGGCUAUCUGCGUCGUCUGCCCAAUGGUACUUUUCGCCAUCAUCUUCUACUUCAAAAGCGAAAAUACGAACAUCAUUGACAAGUAUGAUUUGGAAGAGGUGGAGGAGGAGGAGGAGGAGGAGGAGGAGGAGGAAGAUGAGGAGGAUGAGGAGAAGGGGAGCCGCUCUGACAGCAGUCAAUCAGUCAACUCCUCCAGCAGCGGUGCGUCUGACGGCUCCCGGGAUGACUCUUCCAGAGACUCAGACACGGACUCAGAAUCGGAGAUGGAGAGCGACGUAGAGAACAAGAAAGAGAGCGGCCGCAAAAGGAGAGACAAGGAGAGCGGCAAAAGGAACAACAAAGAGAGCGACAACAAGGAAGGAACAACUGAGAACACGUCCAAGAUCGUUAAUGAGGGAGCAAAAGAAGCAGCGACCAAGGGAGCAACUAAAAAAGAGACAGAGGCAUAACCUGUCAAAUUGAUUAUGUGUGAAGCUUAUAUUUUUUGCCAGGUGAAUUUUUAAUUUCUCAUGUCGUAUUCCUAGUUAUGUUUAUGCUGUAAGUGGAGAUGACACGUAUUAUAAAGGAUACGACCCAUCAUUUAUCUCCAUAGCUUGAUCAGAUGGCAUGUAUAAAGAUGAUAUCCCGCACUCAUAUUAUGUAUGCCCCCUAAAAUGCAUUGCAAACUGAAGCAAAAAAAGAUGACGUAAUUUCCUUACAAUGUACUGCUGAGCAGGAAAAGCCAAUGCACCUCAAGAGGUUUAUUGCCACUUGUACUCUCAUCGACAGGGGUUCUGUUUUCUUUUUUUCUGCGAAGAUCAAAUUAGGCGCAAUAUUCGUCGACGUCGUCAAAUAUGACGUACGAGGUUUCUUUGUAAAAGGUGACUUUUUGUCGUUGGAACACUUUUGCAGUUCACUUCUUUACUUGUUUGGUUUAAUUAAGGUAUUGUUUGGUUGGUAUUAUAAAGUCGAUAUACAUUGUGGUCAGGAAUGAUUUGCAUGUAUACUCACUUCUUAUCAUAAAAUAUAUAGUUGUUUCGAAACUUCACUACUAGUAUAUCUACUUUUAUGUGUGUACAUCUGUCUGUCUGUCUGUCUGU